UUGCUGACAAAAAAAGAGAAUAAGUCAAUUUGUCUCGGCCAUGGUGGUGUCCCAGACCUCAGUAGCCUUGCCGGCAGUAAUGGAGGCGGUGGUGUUGGUGGUGGUGGCGGCGGGGCCUUUGAUGCCCAUGCUCUACCUGGGGUCACGAGCAGUGUGCAUGGUAGUGGGACAACGGCUCCAGUUGCCGGGGGCUGUGGUGGCACCGGUGGAGGAGGCACAUCCUCGAAUGCUUCCGACGUUUUUGCCGACGAAGUCUCCGACGACGACGACGAGGAAGAGGCUGAAGGCGACCAAGGCGAUCAGGCCGAUCCGGAGACGGUCGGUCCGGAGGGCUCUGGUGAAUUGGCCGACGAGUCUGGGUCCAUUUUGGCCACUGCCCUGGUCGACACCACGGACGCCACAUUGGCUGGUUCACAUCAACAACAUCUGCACCACCACCUCUCGCAGCAACUGGUCGCACCACCAGCACAGCUCCUGAGCCAACCUCAGCAUCACAGUCAGCACACACAACAACAGCAGCACCUGUUACAACAACAGCUGCACCUCACCCAACAUCCCAACCAACAUAGUCUGUCGCUGACGAGCCAAUCUCUGAUGCCCAGGCAUCACAAUGCCGAAUUGCCCGGCUUGCAUCCUGCCCAACUUUCUGUCUCGCAUAUGCCUCAUCUUCCCCAGAGCCUGGCUCCGCCACAUCCUCCUGCACUGUCCGGCCUUUCUGCCUCCUCCAUGCUAUCACAAGCUCCUCUCCAGCAUCAGCAGCCGAAGCCGUUGGUCUGUCAGUCGUCGCAUCUUUCCCACCCCUCAAACGGUUACCAAGCCCUAUUCUCCAGUCAUCUGGCUUCUCUGGCCGCCUGCCAACCCACCAACUCAAUCCCCAACUCUCUGGUAAACACAGACUCUUCCAGCGUUCCUGCUGGCCUCACAAUCGGCAGAGGCGCAAUAAGUCCUGUCCCAGACGCGGAGUCGGGUCAUUCGUCGGCCGUCGGCUCGCUGCGGCCUUCAUCGGGGCCGGAGCGCACGCUUUUGCUGGUACCAAGUGGCGGUACAAGCAGGCCUGGAGAUGAGAGGACUCCGGCCUGUCUCACUCCCGUCACCAGUCCCACCCCACGCGCCGGCAGCGUUCCAUCGGUUGGAGUUUUAUCCACCAACGACUAUCAUCACCCAACUCCGCUAACGGCCAGCGCGGCUAGAGACUCUCUGCUCUACAACCCGGCAACUGGCACCAACUCCUCUUCGCCUGGCUCCAACGGCGUCUGUCCUGGCGAGGUCGCCUCGCCUGGCAACACGGGUCCUCAUAUCUCCGCCCCACCACCAUCACUGACCGGCCAAAGUUUGCAGCACCAACAGCACCACCAGCAACAGUCUGUCUGUCUCUCUCUGCCGCAACUGAUGCCGUGCUGUCAGGCGUCGUCUCAAGAAUGCUCAAUGUCGACUUCAUCCUCGGUCGUCACGGCAGCCGCAGUCGCCGCCUCUAAUUCUCUAUGCGGUCUC